AUGGCCCAAUUUCAACCGAUUUCAUUAAGUCAAUCGGUUCAGUUACCAUCUCAACAAUCAGUACAGCAACAACAACAACAACAGCAACUUCUUCAACAAAAUCCAUGUCAAUAUCAACUUGAACCAUGUGAUAUAAAACCACAAUUUUCAUUAAUUCCAUCAAUUUCACAAAGUUUAACUAAUAAUAACCAUAUGAAUAUCACAUCAUCAUCAUCAUCAUCAUCUACACAAGGAGGAAUUGGUAAUGUUGGCGCAUUAAUGACAACAUUAGAUAAUGUUGUUAAUGGUAUUAAUAAUGUAACAACAGGACAAUUUGUUACAUCUAUGAAUCAUGCUGAUGUUGCAUCAUUAUUAAUGAAUCCAAGUAAACGUGCUGAAACAUUUGUUAUUGAUGAAGUGAAAGUAAUGUUAAAAGAAAUUGAAGCAAGAAAACAUAUCUUAUUAUCAUUAUCACCAUCAACAAAUCGUUUAAAACGUAGAGCAUGGGAAGAAGUUGCUGUAUGUAUGGCAAAUCGUUGGCCACAUGCACCAAGAAGAACAGCUGAUCAAGUCAAGAAAAAAUGGGAAAACCUUGUAUCAAAAACAAAACGUAAAGUACGCGCUGGUCAUGUUACACCAGAAUUAGAUUGGAAUGAAACAAAUGCAGCUGUUAUGCAAUUUCUUACACAACAUAGUCCACCAGUACGUUUACGUUAUUUAACAUCAACUACACCAUCAUUACUUAAUCUUGGCAAUUUACAAUCAUCAUCAUCAUCAUCUUCGAUGUUAUCAACAGCAGCAGCGGCAGCGGCCGCAGUAGCCUCAUCUUCAUCAUCAAUUAACUGUACAAAUGGAUUUAAUCAUAUGAAUUCAAAUAAUUAUGGAUUAUCGAAUAGUAAUUUUUUAGAUUCAUAUAAUAAUAAUAAUAUGAAUUCAUCAAUUUUUCCUAAUAAUCAACAAUCAUCUUUUAUGUUGUCAAAUUCAAAAUCGAAUUUUAUGAAUUCCAACAUGAAUCAAGACAAUAAAAAUAGUAAUAAUAAUAAUAAUAAUAACAAUAAUGGUAAUAAUAACAAUAAUACUGGUCAACUCUCAUUUGGUAAUCAUAACACAAAUAAGUUGAAUUCAUCCACAGAGGAAAAUGAUGUGGAUAUGACAAAUAUAACGAAUAUUCAAAAUAAUACUGUUGAAGGUGGUUCAGAUGUUGGCAAUAUUACUGGUUCAGUACAUGAAUCAUUUCUUUCUUCAUUUUCACCAUUUAAUCAAUCAUUCAUUAAUUUUGGUUUACCAUCUACAACGGAAUCAUUUUAUACAACAUUUAGUCGUGAUAUACAAAAAGAAUUAUAUUUACAAUUAAAACAAGAACAUGAAUUACGUAUGGAUGUAUUACGUUUACAAAAGCAAACAUGGUUAUUACAAAUGAAUUUAUUUAAAAAAAUGAAAAUUGAACAAAUUUCUAGUUUAUUCUCAUCGCCUAGUUUAAUGAUGAAUACAACAUGUGUUACACCUUUAACUAAUACUAAUACUACUGCUACUACUUCUAUUACUGCUAAUUCGACAUCGUCUGUUGCUACUACUACCACUACUACUACUAUUGAUCCUGUAAGUAGUAUAAAUAGUACUUGUACUACUUCAAUAUCAUUGAAUACAACAACUGUAACAAAUGAAACAAUUAUGCCUACAAAAUUAACAAAGAAUAAAGAAGUAAUAGAAGUAGAAGAAGAAGAAGAAGAAGAAGAAGAGGAAGGAAAAGAAGAAAUGGAAUCACAAUGUAUCAUAUCAAAUAGUUCUUUAUCACCAAUGUUUCCACAAGAUGGUACAAAUGGUAUUGGUAAUCAUGAUCAUCAACAAGAAAAUUUGUUAAAUGAUAAUUGUAGAUUAAAUAAUAAAAGAAUGGAAAAACAAGAAGCUUAAUAGAAUCUGCUUUGUAUAUUGUUAAUUCAAUUAAUUAUUGAAUUUCAUUUUAUUUAAUAAUAAUUGUUUUAACUAUAUGGUCUUUUGAUAAUUUAUUAAACGCUCGCGCGUGAGAUUGAUAAGUCCUGGGUUCGAAUCAUAUGAGGCGGGAUUGUGUAUGCGCACUGACGAGGAGUCCCACAAUGGGACGAAACGGCCGUCCAGUGCUUCCAGGUUUUCAAUGAUCGUCUAGCUUCAAUUGACUCAUCAUCUUGUAGUGUGGCGUGGAGUCACGGUUGACUAUGAUCACCACUACAGGAAAACUAAGUGCCAGUUAACCGUAAGCCAAAUAUCAGAAGGCAAUUCAUGGCUGUAGUCGAGAUGUAAUUGUUGGCGAUCUCGUGGUAUCGAAAGAAUACCGAUAUCUUGCCAAAGGAGUACAAGUGUGGUUACUGAGCGUAACCGAAUUCGUGCAAGGUCACAAUCAACGGAAGAAUGUAUGUAUUCUGGUACAGUGAAACAAACAAGUACGGUAAAACAAUCCCUGGUACAAUUGCUUAUAAUAAUAAUUGUUUCCAUUACACUAAUCGCGUUCUCUUGAUAAAAGUAGGUCAC